UGGAGGAGUUCACUGUGUACGCCCUACGCUUGUUCUCUUCGUAACUACUCUCUCACGGUGCCCGCCCACCACCUCCCUCGUGUCUUUCUCUGCGAGAAACCCUAAUUGAAUCAGCCACACCUCACAAGACAAGCAAAGAGGAAGCAAAUUUCAUACCAUUCGGAUUGGUUCACGCCACUUCUUCAGCUCCUCACCAUAACAAAGCAAGCUUUUGGACUUCACCGUAUCCAUGUCUGCUGCAUCAGCUGAAUUGCAGUAAUAUGAUUUUGUUCUUGGCCUCUGGAUAUUGUGGUGUGUGCAACUCUGUUAAAUCUCCAGAAUUUGUGAAACCCUAAAUCCGGAUGAUGCAUUAAGCACUGAAUUUGGUUUCAAACAAGAAGCAUAUUGGGAGAUUAGAAAAAUCGUACCAUCGCGCAGUUCGCUCUUCAAUCAAUAAAUGAAUCAUAGUAAGAAGAAAAUAAAGGGUGGGGAAGUUUGAAUCUCAGUUGAACAAAAUGUAUACAGGAUUAUGAUUUUUAUGCAUUUAGCGAUGGCGGGAAGCUGCGGCAGGCUUGUUCGGUGUAAUUUCUGGACAAAUGGGUGAUAGUUAUUUUCUCUUGAGAACAGGGUAGGAGUUCCUUACCUGGUCGGCUUUUAUUAGGUCUUGUUAUAUGGAAGGUGAAAGGUCUUUGAAGCGUUCUGCAGAGGAUUAUUGAAAAUAGCCUCUUCAAGUUUGUCAUUAACUUGACUAAAGGGAAAUUCAAGCCGCUGAUCGUUUGGUGCAUUUCUCCUUCCUAGUUUGGUUCACUUGCUUGAGAUAAACUAAAAUGUGCUGGUUAUUUUCUGAUUAGAUGCAUUCUUCUGGGUGAUGUUUUGUAACGUUCUAAAAGCAAGUAGAUGCUAUUAUCUGUCUAGAGAGGCCUUCCGUCUUCCCACUGUGAUCAUUGGUAGUGUUUCUUAUUCAGGAAUCUUCAGUACUAUGAGAGAAGUCAAGGUUAAAGGUGCGUCUGGUUUUUGUUCUCUGGAUUCUGGUGAAGAAUCUCAGAUCCUACAAUCUGAAUCAGCUAGUGACAGCCGUAGACAGGCAUCCUUAAAUGUGCAGUUCACUCCUGAAAUAGAAAAGAAGUAUGUCCAUCAUGUUUAUGAUGCUAUAGCACCUCAUUUCAGUUCAACCCGGUUUGCUAAGUGGCCAAAAGUAGCCAAUUUUCUAUCUUCCUUACCUUCAGGAUCGCUUGUUCUUGAUGCAGGAUGUGGGAAUGGGAAGUACUUGGGAUUUAAUCCUGAUUGUUUUUUCAUUGGAUGUGAUAUAAGUGCUCCUCUUAUCAAAAUUUGUGCAGAUAGAGGGCAUGAAGUGUUGGUUGCAGAUGCCGUAGACCUUCCAUAUAGAACUGGUUUUGGUGAUGCAGCUAUAUCCAUAGCUGUAUUACAUCAUCUAAGUACGGAGGGUAGGAGGAAGAAAGCAAUCGAAGAAUUGAUCCGAGUUGUGAGAAAGGGUGGCUUAGUUCUAAUAACAGUUUGGGCUGUAGAACAAGAAGAUAAAUCAUUAGUUGCAAAAUGGACUCCACUUACCGAAAAGUAUGGAGAAGAGUGGAUAGGACCUGGUAGUCCUCAUGUUCGUAGCCCUUCAUCUCGCACAUUGCAAAGCAUCCCAGAAACAGAGGAGAGUAGUUUGGGAGAGCGUAAGAAAGAGUCCGACCAGAGUGCUACACAGAGUUUGCAAGAAAAAACCUCUCAAAGUGAGAGUUAUUCGGGGACUUCUUGUGAUGUGAAAGAUGCAAAUGAUCAACAAGAAUAUUUUGUCCCCUGGCACUUGCCAUAUCACCGUGCUGAAGUAAGUGGUGCUUCUGCUUGCGCUCUUGCAAAUGGCCUUGCAAAGAAAGAUGAUAAAAAGGGUGCUGUUGUGUACAACAGAUAUUACCAUGUUUUCAAUGAAGGCGAGCUUGAAAGAUUAGUAGCUGGGAUGAAAGACGCUGUAAUCGUUGAUCGAUUUUUCGACAAAUCGAACUGGUGCAUUGUCCUCGAGAAAACGUUAUGAUAACCGGGACCAAUUAAUCCUUGCGGGUUAAGGUUUGCCAGCGAGUGUGCAGCCUGGAACAGCCAAGGUGCAGCAGCAGAAGAUGCACUACUGUGAGCUCCUGAAAAUUCGUUUGUUUCUAAUGUGCCAUAGAAAAAAACUGGUUUGUGACUCUGAGGAAUUGUUUUUUAUUAAUGCCUUUAUUGGAGGUGGUUGACGCUGCAGUUUGCAGUAAGCUUAAGCUGUGGAUGUUGUUUUCUGCACAUGGAAAGAAGAAUCCAACAUUACUUUUA